GAGUUCUUGAAUCGAAGAAAUAUACAGCCAAUCAAUAUGUAGUUUUUAUGGAAAAACUGUAAGUUGAUUGGCUGCACAUUUCUGAAGAAUUCGGGUUGAAUUCUGGCACCGUGGACAGGGAUUAAGAAGAGUGGGAGUUGAUGUUUUGGUGGGAGUGUAAAAUCGUAAACACGUCGAUCACCCGAUGUGUUAAAUUAUAACUAUGUAUACCGUUGCAAGAAUAAAAAAUCGCUGAGUCGUAAUUCGAGAAACUCUGCCAUGCUUACCUCGCAGUUUUUUUUUCUAUAAAUAAUUACAUAAUAGUCGAAGGCGCAUGAUUGAAAGCUUUUUUUGUCACAGCGUGCAUGUGCACAUUAAAUAAAAAGUGAUUACAUUUUGUAGUGUUGAGCAAGAGUAUCAGUUUGAAUUUGAUUGAACGGGAAUUAUUUGAGGACGUUUGACGAAUUUACACGUAGGCAUGGCACGUGUGAAAUCCAAAAAAUUAGGCACUUUCUCAAAGUUGUAUCUGGCGUCGUAUAAUCUCGGCCAAACUUUGGGAUGGAGUUAUUUAUUAUAUCAGUUCAUACAACAUUAUCUUGAAUCUUCUUCUUCUUCUUCUGAUAGUACUUUGUGGACUAAAACCAAGCUACCUGUAAUUAUUUUCCAAAAUGCAGCUCUAUUGGAGAUAAUACAUGCAGGAACUGGACUGGUACCAUCUAGUGUUUUAGUCACAUUAGCUCAAGUCUUCAGUCGUAUUAUGCUUGUAAAUGGAGUUCUUCUAGCUACUCCUUACACAUAUGCUGCUGCAUCUAUAGGUCUUCCACUAGCUCUCUCUGCGUGGUCUAUUACAGAGAUCAUUAGAUAUUCCUAUUAUUUCAUGAAUAUCGUCUCUGGCUUUGUGCCAUAUGUAUUAGUCUGGCUGAGAUAUACUGCAUUCAUCAUAUUAUAUCCGUGGGGUGUGACUGGUGAAUUAUUGUGUUUAUAUACCGCUGUAAAAUAUGCCAACACUAAUCCUGACUCUUGGAGUUAUGUUCUACCGAAUAAAUGGAACUUCACGUUUAGCUAUUUGUAUCUCUUGAUAGUAGUUAUGCUACUUUACAUUCCAGGUUUUCCACCACUUUACUUGCACAUGUUUACGCAAAGGCAAAAAAUACUUAAUCCUAGUGCUACUGUGAAAAAAACUAAUUAA